AUGUCUCUCAGCUGGCCUGGGAACGCCUUGGAGUCCCCCCGGACGAGCUGGAGGAGGCUCCUCCCAGUCCUCACCAUGACUGAUGGGGAUUAUGACUACCUGAUCAAGCUGUUGGCACUGGGGGACUCCGGUGUGGGCAAGACCACCUUCUUGUACCGCUACACGGACAACAAGUUCAACCCCAAAUUCAUCACCACAGUGGGCAUCGACUUCAGGGAAAAGAGAGUGAUCUACACUGCAUCCAACCCCAACGGGAACACCACCGGAAAAACCUUCAAAGUUCACCUGCAGCUUUGGGACACGGCGGGACAGGAGAGGUUUCGGAGCCUGACCACUGCCUUCUUCAGAGAUGCCAUGGGCUUCCUGCUCAUGUUUGACCUCACCAGCCAGCAGAGCUUCCUCAAUGUCCGCAACUGGAUGAGUCAGCUGCAGUCCAAUGCCUACUGUGAAAACCCUGACAUCGUUUUGAUAGGGAACAAAGCCGACCUGGCUGACCAGCGGGAGGUCCAGGAGAAGCAGGCCAAGGAGCUGGCUGAUAAGUACGGGAUCCCGUACUUUGAGACGAGCGCGGCCACAGGCGUGGAGGUGGACAAGGCGGUCAUCACGCUGCUGGACCUGGUCAUGAAGAGGAUGGAGCAGUGUGUGGACAAACCGCCCGCAGAGGGCGCUAACGGCACAGGCAGCACCAAACUCACCGAGCCACUCACCAAUCAGAAGAAGUGUGCAUGUUAG